CCUAACGACUCUGGUAUAGCAGUCUCCUUCAUCUCACUUUCUUCCUCCCAAAUGACUAAUCUCCCCAAAGAAACAUGAGAAACAAAUGAGGGAGAGAAGAAGAUGAAUUCCACAUUCGGCCUUGAAAGUGGUUUCAUCAACAGCCAGCCGUCGCUCGCCGAGUGCCUGACAUCCCUUGAGCAGCGCGAUGCCUGUUUCCAGAGUGCCUCAAUCACCACCUCGACGCCGAUUCCUCCUCCCCCACCUCCGGGCCGGCCGGCGAGGGUCUCCGGAAGCCCACAGCCAUCGGCUAUGGCGCAGUACCCGUGGAUGAAGGAGAAAAGCAGCAAGAGGCACCGAGAGACUCCUGCAGGCUUCUCUCCGCCGCAAGCUCCAACGGAAUCGAUCACCGAGGGCGAUUGUCCCGCGGUGUCCUGCAGGAGGCUGAGGACGGCGUAUAACAACACGCAACUUCUGGAGCUGGAGAAGGAAUUCCACUUCAACAAGUACCUCUGCAGACCCAGGCGGCAGGAGAUAGCCUCCUCGUUGGAUUUAAGCGAUAAGCAGGUCAAAGUGUGGUUCCAGAACCGCAGGAUGAAGCACAAAAGGCAGACUCACUGCAAGGAAAACCGGAAGAGAGAAAGCAUACACGCCGAGGACUUUUUGGAAGAUGAAGAGGAGGCGCUCCUCGUUAAAGGGGAGAGGUAUUUCCAACCAAAUAUUUUCAAUUCGCAAUACUGUCCCAGCAGCCACAAUAGAGACCAUUAUUCGACUUUGUGCACAAGUGAGACAAAUUUUAAACAUCCUGCAUGUGCUUCCACAAUAGGCCCGGACAAUGAUGCUUCUACCGUAAUGCACACUGAGCACUCCUUGUGCAUGGACGCCUCUUUGCGGGAACUUUCUUCCAUUUUGCCACACUGGACCAAUUCGGUCCAUUGUCCAUUUAUUACCUGAAACGAUGGACUAGCACAAUUUGAGUUAUUGAAACGGGUUUAGUAUUAAUUUACAAGAUAUUAAAAUAUGUUUGUAAAGAAAAUAAUCCAAAUUUAACCUGGAAAUAAAUGAUCAUAUUUAUUGUAACGAAAUGUAUUUUUCCAACAACGUUUGUAAAAUUGAUUUUUCUUAAAUAAUUAUUUCCAGCGGCUUUUGUUUUUAUUAUUAUCAUUUUAAAAAAAUGUAUAAAUCUGAAUGUUCAAACAAAGAAACAAGUUGGACAAAACAAGCUUGUAGUCAAGGAGAGCAAAAGCCACGGCUUUUUGGCCUCUCUAAUUACAUUUUAUUGCCUAUAAAACUCAAAGCAGUGAGGGUGCUUGUUUAUUGGCUUUUUCGCCAUGUAAUGCCUUCUUUGAAUUAAGUAUGCUUGCACAAUUGUGGUUCACUUAAACUUUUUUUUUUUUUUAUGAGCAACAGAACACUUGGGAAUUAAAUAAGAGCUGCUGCUUCUUGUGAAAGAAAAAA